ACGACCAAGCAAAAAGCAGUUGUUAGCGGAGGCCGCACACUUCCGUAGCCAGCGCCUCUCAGCAGACGAGCGGUGAAGUUUCGGGCAAAGCCAUGGCGGCUGGUUGUUGUGGAGCCAAGAAGCAAAAGAUGAAUAACAAUUCCUCCCCAUGUUGUAAUGGGACGAUUGUGCAUCCGAACCACUUCCAGCCUAGCCUCUACAAGAAUGGCAUGGUAGUGUGCGUAGAAAUGUGCUUCUUUUGCUUCGAUGUGCUUUACUGCCAUCUCAAUCAGUACGAGCCGCCCAAGCCGCCCAAUUUCCCGAACGAAUGCUACCCGCUAUUUGUGACUUGGAACAUCGGUAAAGACAAGAGGCUGAGAGGCUGCAUUGGCACCUUCAAUGCAAUGAACUUGCACUCGGGUCUGAGGGAAUACGCCGUCACCAGUGCAUUCAAGGAUAGCCGCUUCAGCCCAAUCACAAGGGACGAAUUCAACAAACUUCAUGUCUCCGUUUCCAUUCUUCGACACUUUGAAGAUGGCAAUGACUACAUGGACUGGGAGAUUGGUAUCCAUGGUAUCAGAAUAGAGUUUCUGACUGAGAAAGGCUCAAAACGCACUGCCACUUACCUUCCCGAAGUAGCACCUGAGCAAGGCUGGGACCAUGUGCAGACAAUAGACUCCCUGCUGCGCAAGGGCGGCUACAAGGGCUCCAUUUCCAAUGACAUGCGGAAGUCAAUCCACCUGACGCGCUACCAGAGUGAGAAGGUCUCCAUUAGCUACCAGGAGUACCGGGACUUUUGGAGGAACCGCCAGUGCUAGCCCCGGUGGUGGGGCCUCUAGCCUCUCCUCUCCUGGACAAGUUAACGGCGACUUUGCACUUCCACAGAAGCCUUCCUCGAAGCCGCAUCGGCCUUCUCCUGCACCCGUCUCUCUCAUCCCCUCCUCUGCAUUUUCAAGGUUGCUGCCAACUGUGCCUAGUGCGACCCCCCCUUCUCCCCUCCUGUCCCCAUUCCUCCCACCCUGUGGUGCUGUGACGCUGCUGUGUGCUACAGCUGCCUGCCUUUUACCCUCAGUGUUUUCCCAUUUCCUACUACUUUUCCUGUUUGUUUGUUGAUAGGUUGUUUUGUGUUGAGUUGGUUGCUUGCCAGUAGGGCAUGAUCAGGCUGAGAAGCAGAGGAUGGCAGCUAUGCAGAGCUAGCUGGGAGGCCAUUUUGUGUCCGAAUGUCUGCAAAGGCCACCUGCUUAGGACUUGCACGGGCUUCGAUUUUUGUUGUCUCGUGCAUUCCUGUAAGACGUUUGCAGUCUCUGGUUGACCUGGUUGUAGUAUAUGUGUGCGACGUGUCAUGAUGUGGCUUGUUGAAGGUGGUGCACUGCCUCAACGCUCGGCUGUUCUUGACAUAUGACAGACAGGAUUGUGUGGGGGGCUGACAGUGAAGAUUCGGACAAGUUUGUUUGCCCCAAGCUGUACCCUGUUAGUUAGUGCAUGCUUCAACUUGUGUGGCACCCUUUCUGUUUGCCAUUGUUUCUUUGGAUGCCUUAUUAGGUCUGUCUGUUGUUGCUGUGAUAGGCCACGGGUGUCUGGUAAGCAAUUUUUCACUUGGCGUUUGCUUGUUGUCUACCAUGUUUUCAUGUGUUUGCCGCUGUUGAGCAAGUGAAGAGCAGCUGCUGUAGUGCAAGAUCUUGGGAAGUCCGAGCUGGUGGAUGAAGGGAUUAGCAGUGCAUUAGUGACCUGCUUUGCAUUACAGAAUAGCAGCUGGAUUAUUUUAUUAGUAAGAUGCCAAGGUGACAUUCACGGAGAGCAUCGUGUUGCACAGAUGAGUUAAUUGCAUCCAACUUCCCUCUAUUGUAGCGUACGGCCACCUCUCGUCUACGUGAGCUAUCUUUUUUUUUUUAUUCCACUUAGCUUUUCUUUCAGUCUCGGGCUUGUGAAAGACAGAUGAUGGUUGUUUGUGUUUGAAUAAUUCCUUCUCAUAAAUCCUGUAUUGAAAAGUUGGAAUGAUUUGUACUUUCCGUCUCCAUUCUCUACAAGCUUUGACUGAUGUGAAUGUGUGGCUGCUUUUAUUUCGUCCCGAUAUGGACACAUGACAUUCGCCUGGACCAAGCUGGCUUCAUAGUGUUGUGCACCCUAAGUGCUUCUGCGGUUCGUCCUUCCGCAACAGCUACACAUCCCGAACAGCUUGCUUGUUUCUUAUUCUGUACUUGUUGUCUGCCAAACAGUUUGUUUUGGUUAUGAUGCAGGGGUAAUUGUUUAACGGGUUCGUCCAGCCUCUAUUCACCUUUCUGCUGAUAUCUUACGUUCGUGUAUUUUCUGCACAAGCACUCGAGAAGGUGUUGAUGGUUGACGUCUUUGCACUGGAGAGGCGAGACAUCAUGCUGUGUUGUCAUAUGGGAGCCAUCUUGUGCCACAAGGAAAAAUGGUCCUUUCUGUUUCUUUCUCAGCCUUUUCACGUUACCGUUGAGGCUCCAUUUCUCCUGCUUCCAUCUUCCAGUCAUUUCAUUCUCAUCGUUGGCCGCACUGUCCUCGGUGUUGCUUUUUGUUGUGCAUGAAUCAAGUUGGGCUGUUAGAUGAAACUGAGGGGUAGUUUUAAGUUGAGCAUAUAUGAUACUGGCAGCCCGUCAAUGGUGCACAUUGCACACCCUAAGCUGUUUGUGAUGCGAGAGCACUGUUUGGAAAAAAACUUGAGUAGGCAAAUGUAGCUGGUGAAGAGUGCAGUGUUUGGAACGUAUGAUAUGUGCAAGUGUAUGGUGCUGCUAAAGCUGAACUGUUACUUGCUGCUUGCGCUUUUCCCCCUGCUUGUUUCUCUCCUCUCUUUCCCACUUCAUGUUGUGAUGUCAUUGCCUACCGUCAUUCAGCAGAGUCUGGAGUUGCACUUGGUUUCUGAUAUUUUUUUUUCUGCCUAAUGAGCAAUCUGCAUUGUGCAUCGAUUGUAUAUGGCAGCCUUGCAUAAAGAGCUGCUGUGUGUAUGUCAGUGUCUGGAAUCUGCCGUAACGCACUGAUGUCAAGUUUUGAUUUGUUGUCUAUUUUUGCCAUGCUUAAGGGCUUGAAACAAACAAAACAUCUUUUGUUGUACUUCAGGGGAACGCCUCGAAGAGAACUUGGGUUAGCGCAAAUUUUGCUCCUCUGCAGUUGAAAGUAAAAAAAGAAAAUAUGAUACUGAGUGCACUUUCAGCUCCUGCACUAUUUAGCACAGCUUUUGGUGGGCUCUCCUUGUCAUGUGUUGUAAGGCUGUGGCGCAUUCUUGGUAGCACAUUGCGGUGUGCUGCACUGUACUCAAGGCCCCUUUGUAACAGUUGCUUUCAAGCAAAGGGACUUUUUAUCACGUGAACUUCCUUCAUGUCGGUUGCACUCGCGAGGAGAUGUUGAGAAUCACACUGCCAGAUUGUGAACAUACACAAGCCAUAAUUAUUUUUUGUAAAUGUCUCAAGUGCUUUUUCAUGAGGUGUUCAAAGCGUGACAUGUAAAUGGGGGUGGGCUGACUGGAAAGGGGAUUCUUGCGCACUAGCUUUCACAGAUGCACACAAGUCUACAUGACAUUUGUAAAAGCGAGUUGGGUUUUAAGAACUUUCGUGUGAGGUGUUUAGGCAGCAGUAGGUCAUGAAAACAGUCAUUUCAUAAGAAUUAACUUUUUAUUCAAAGUUUUUCGGGGUUGUCAACUAGUGGGGGGAGCACCUCACUGGUGUCCAAGUGCUCACAGCUGUGGAUAUUUGACCCGAAUGCCUGUAAGGCAACAUUUCCAAUUCCAGAUAUUCGCUAAACAUGUCUGAAUAGCCAUUCUUCUUUCCUCUAGGUUUAGAACUAGGUAUCACUGAAGUUAUAGUGACCGGAAUACCACUAUAGUCAGGUACAACUUUAGAGUGGCAUUUUUUCCUCGAAGGCAGAUUCAUACAAACCUGCAACAAUGAGCGUGCACUCUAGACUGACGUCAUAAGCCAGACCGUCAGUGACGCCGCCGUCGCAGAACAUUGGAGUGUAUAAGUGGGUCUAUUUCUUUGGCAGCUGAGGCAAUCGGACUCCGCGCUUCGAUCAUUUGGGAGGGGGCCUCUUCUGCCUUAUUAAGUUGUAUCUGACCGUAGAGUUGUUAUACCCUGAAAGACUGGACGAAGCCGUACAUCAUGCUAGACAAACAAAUCGCUGUAAAAUGCACUCCUCUGGACUUAACAGCUUAUCUCAGAGUGGAAGUUUCUGAUCAGUGAUGCCGUUCUUUGUUAAACAGAGUGUGCCAAGUGAAGACUGCAAGCAUAGUUGGCUUUUAUUAUUACAAUGUUUAUGCUUUGUAACACUUCUUAGCUUCAAAAGAAAUACUGAGAACUUUAACUUUCCUAAGCUUGCAUUCUGUCUACUGUGGCAGUUUUACAAGAAAAAGAGAGCCAACUCACUGCCAGUUGUGCUCCUUUGUGCUUCAGGAGUGCAUUGUGCCUGCAGCAACAUUGACUGACCUAUUCAUAACAGCACAUGUGUGAUGCUGUGAAGGGAGUUGUGGAAACAGGUGCACUUUCUUUUUUUCUUAGGUUCAGUUUUACAUUGCGUUGAUAGUUAUGCAGGCGUGUUGACUGCUGCUGCUGUUUUAAAGGAUGCUAGUGAAAUCACUAGACCAUUUUCAGUCCAGUCUAGGAAAAGAUUCUCUUUUUUUUAAGUGCGUUUGUUUUCUCGGAGGAAGGUUGCUUAUCAACGUAACAAAAGGAACGUUGAACUUCCCAUAUUGAAUUACACUACAACCGUGGCACCUUUAUCACUCAAUUCUUACUUCCUGUUGUGGGAAAUGUUCCAACUAGGACUGGGAUUAUGCAAGAACCUCUUUUGAUUUCAUUGCUUUCCGAUCAUCCGCCAUUUGUGACUGGUCAGUCCUUGUGGUAGCUUAUGUCGAGCGCCGCUCUGACCACUGACAAAGCGUGAAAUGGAAUAGCGUUGAAAUUGAAAACUACAUUAUUCCAGCCUAGGUUAAUUACUUGCUUUUUUUUUUUUUUGAAAGCAACGUCAGCUUUAUUAAUUGGCUAACUAAAAUAGUAUCCCUGAACAGAAGCUGUUGGGCUGAAACCGCAAGGAUCUGCUGUGCAAGUGGUUCUUUUGCUUGUGCUUUAUUUUGAGUCAACUUUGUAUUGGGAUCGCUGCGGGUACACCCAUUUGGCAUAUAACUUUCAACUUUAGGUUUUCAGGUUUCCUUUAAUGCCGAACUGGGCUUGGUAUUGCUAUCGCUGUUGAACGAGCUUGCGUGACACUGCAGCAGAUUUUGUAAGAUGGUCAUUAUUUUUCGUGGCUGGGUCAGAACAUGUCUUUGCUGCAAAGCUAUUAUAUUCAUGUCAAAAGAAUAGCAGUGCCUUUGAGCACUUCUCGAAGUCACUUACAAGAAGACAAAAAAACUCUUGGCUUUAAGUGACUUAGUUCUGAGCUUCACUGUUUCUCUCUACAAGCAGUUUUUAACUGAGAAAACAAAGUUGCACGUGCCAGGCCAGUUAAAUGGCAAAAUAUGAAAAAAAUGGAUGUUGGGUGUUGUGGUGGCAUGUUAAAAUAUUAUGUUCAGCGUUAAAGUGUAACGCAGUGUUUACACGUUGCAUCAUACAUUGCAUUGCUUUCGGGAAGAGGACUUCGUGUAUGAUUUUACCGUAACAUUGCUAACUGGCCAUUUGGCCACUGGUGGUGUCGGAGGCACUCUGUGGGCGGGACAGGGGACAGCUGCAACCUUUCUAUUGUUGUUCACUGCAGUAUAUUAUGCAGGGGCAACUGCCACCUUCUUUCAUCCCCUCUGCCUUCCAACACCUCCAUGCUGUGAGGUUAGAGAAACCAUCGCAUACAAGGGAAGUCCUGCUUUUAAAAGGAUGCUAGAGGCAAACACUGAAGCUGAGACAAGGUGAUAGGACCAGCGCUCUAGAGAUGUCCAAGGUUUCACCUUUGCUAACAACAGUGUGUUUGUAAGCAAGGUCAGAAAAAUACCUAAUGGUAGGCACUGGUGAUGAAAGUAAUGUGCAGUCUCCCAGUGGCGUGCGACACCAUUGUCGCACGCCACUGGGAGACCGGUAAACGGUAGUUUUAAUGUGAUAAAGUGUGUGAAGUUUUCUUCUGGCAUGAAAGAAAAUGCAGUGUGGUAGGUUUUGUAAGCUUUUCCCGCAGUAUUUGACAACGCUACUUUACGGCUUUGUGGUCCCACCCACGACUCGAAGCAGGCCAUAGCAAUCGGCACAUGACCUCCGAGGUUGCGUUUUUUGCUGCAACGGAGUGGUCUCUUGGCACAAUGCAAAUGUUGAUAGGUAGGUGUCUAUAGAAGUUUUGAUUUUAACAUUAUAGACAAUUUUUGUCUUUAUGCCCUUAUAAGCAUAUGAAUGAGCAACGAGACCGACCAUGCCUUUUAGUUCUGAUAACAUUUUUUUUCUGUGUUCCGUGAAAAUGCAAACAGUGGAGAGAGCUUCAUGAAUGGGAAAGUUUGCAUUUGUCUGAACCCUAUGGUGCAACUUGAGUUUGGAUGCUGUACUUUUCAUUUUCCCGAUUUACGUUCCAUCCAAAGCUACUUUGUCAAACCAACUGGAUUUUUUUUUUCUUUUCCGGCGUUACUUGCGGUAUGCUUCUUUGCAACUGCUCAUUACUUUCAACACUUCUUCAGCUGCCUGAAGGUGGUAGCAUGACUUCUGUGACUUUGCAAGUGAACAACUAGACCGUCGGUGCUUUUUGUUUGACCGAAGUGUGUGCUUGUGAAUAGGCGAAAGAUGUGGGCUGCUGAAUGUGCAACUUUGCGAGGCACCGUUGGCUUUCCUUAACUUUGGAAAGGGUGCCUCUCCAAGUACGUAGUACUUUAAUGUUGCCUACCAUGCCUUCUGACGCCUUUUUUUUUUCUGCUGUAAUUAAAAUGACAAAAAAACUGGAAAACACAAAAGCCACAUAAAAAAAGUUGAGUGCAUAAGAAUGAACUGAUGAUGUCGAGCAUGCACAUCUGUAUAACAGUGCUUUUAUUGUUUUUUUUCCCCCACUUGUAGGCAAUUUGAGUGAUGCACCAAUUCAUGUUCCGCUGCCUGGCGAUGAGAAGGCAUGCUAUAUAUAUACAUAUAUAUACACGCAUAUAUAUAAUUCAAUGUUCAUUGAUACUAGGUCAUCUCUAACAAUUGUAAAGAGGUGUGAAGAGCAGAUUCAGAGGAUAGCACACAUGUGUUGAAAUGUGCACGUGCCGUCAACUUCAAACGUCUGUUAUGUUUAAUUUGUGGUUAGUGGGAUUGUUGUGCAGAAGGUUAGCAGAAACUGAAGGGUCUAGAAAGGGGGACUGGGGGCUCUUCCACGACAAUUUCGUUUCUUGCUGCAUAAGAAAUAUGUGCCAGUGGGAUUAUUCACACGUUAUUUCAGUCUUUCACUUUUUCUAUGUCCGCCAACGAUAGUUUGCAAUGUUGGGGGAGUUGAUUCUUACUCUAUCGUUGCCUUUUUGUUUAUUAAAGGGAGAAAGCUUCUGCUGCUUUGUCAGCAGCACCAGAUAGCUAGUGCAAGGUUCCGUUGUGUUUUGUCAUUGCAUGCAAAUUUUCAAAAAUUUUCUGCUUAGUGGGAAAGCACGUCCAGGAUUGAAUUAAAAAAGUUGACAUGCAUGGCAUUUUGCCACGAAAAAGCUGCCAAGUUUAAGACUUGGCAAAAAUGUGAUCAAUUUUGGUGAUGUCCUUCGUGGGUGUGUGUUCUUUGGUGAAUUACUCAUGCCUUCCCAGGGAUACAAUGGGAUAUGGCCAAGCACACAGACUUUAUGGAUGGCACUAGUGGAAUAGACGGACAAAAACGCUGUGUUUGUGCGUUCUUCAGUGUUGUCCACAUUUGAGGAUGUGCUGUCAUAUUCUGUCAUGACUAACCAACUCACCCACCAGUACAUCUUUAGAUAUAAGCAGCUUUUCAAGGACCAAAGAAAUAUGUUCUGGAACUUUGAGCAGCGCUGGAAAGAAAAGGCCGUAUCUGUGACCAGUGUUGUGAAUCUUCCCACUUGGCGCACUAUUGUUUCAACAGGAAUGGAAAUGUCAUGGUGGUAAAAGGGCCUCCCACUAUGUUGCUUCGCUGUGGGAACAUUGUAUCAUUGUGUGAUCUCCAUUCAUAAAUUGGUCAGAAGUUCUGUACAGUCUUAGUAAGCCUGUAUGCAGCGCACUUUGCUGGAAUGGAUUAAAAAGGAUGCUUACAGUUCUAUAGUUCAAACUUAGCAUGCUAAGCUCGAAGUAUAAUGUGAAUGAUUAGGAUGUGCCAGUAUUAAUAAAAUGACGGACUCUCUCAAC